AUGGACAUGCACCUACGCAACGGAAAAGUGGUACAACCUCCACCAGAACCAAACGCAGGAAAGCCGAAUAUAGUUGUAUCAAAUGGCACGGGGUUAGUGCAUACGUCCCAGAGGUCCAUUGGGUACGAGGACGGCAAGAAUAUGAGGAAUUUCCUCGACCUUGUGGAGUUAGAUUUCAUCGAACGAGGGCUGGAAAAGCGGCAGUGGGGAGAAGAACUCAAAAGAUAUCUGACGGGCGACGCCUUGGGAUACUGGUUGUAUCUGCGUCGCACGGGAGUACCCCUGACUGAUUGGGAGCAACUGAGACAGCGAUUCUGUGCGCAAUUCUGUAACAUAACAAAGGAACGGAUGAAAGUCAUGAUAGCGGAGAAUGUAUGGCGGGGUGAUCACCAAGCAUACUCCGCGCGUUUUGCGGCUAUCGUGGCCCAAGGGGUAUCGAUGGCACCAGACCUGUUGGUGGGUUACUACUUGGCCAACCUGCCGGUAGAAAUAUACCGGGAGAUAACUCGAGGGGGAACAAGGAAAUUGGCGGACUGGCAGGAAGCAGCCGCAGCACUGGCUACCACGGCGGCACCAUGGAGGGAUUCAUGCGAAGACCGCCUCCGAUUCCAGCGGGACUUAGAGGAUGCCAAGCGUAGAUGGGCUAACGGGGGGCGAGAGCCGUGUCUACAGCGCGAACGAGAGAGCAGGGGAAACAGACGGAAUGACCCUACAGACUCACGCUGUUACGCGUGCAGCGGAAGGGGACAUGUGAGCAGGGACUGUCCGCUCCGCAAUGGAGCGACGCGACGGAUUGGGGAAACGUGCUCCAGGUGUGGGGGCCGGGAUCACUACGCUAGAGACUGUCCCACGCCGGCAGACCCAACACCUACGCCCAGUUCUCCCGUCCUCGACUGGCCGGCAGCGUAUUCUAAGUGCCCUGUGUUCAGCGAGCCUUAUAACGCUGCCUCUACCAAGCCGGGUGAAGUUGUUCAACUGGAGUUCCAACAUCGUCGUCAUACCUUCCGUUUUGUUCUGCCCUACUAA